CAUACAUGCAGGGCUACUGUGAUCACCCCUGCAGCAGCCGUAGACGUCUCUACACGGCUGGAAGCAGAGACAGACCGCCUCGCGACGACCAAUCAAGGGAUGACAGCUCAGCAAAUCUGGGAGUCUGUGAGUCAACAAUUUUAUCGACGCGACGACGGGAUGGUGAUCAGGGGUCUCACACGGCUCCAAGUGAUGGGGCGCGUACACCGAACACGCCGCAUGCACUUCGGGGGUAAUGUCCAUGGUGUCAUUGAUGUCCCACCUCUUGCGCUAGUCGCAGGGACCGAUUUGACGUUCUUCCAGUUCCAGCAUAUCUACCAUGAGGCUGGCCAACUUCAACGUAUUAUUGGAUGGGCACACCCGCGUCUGCUCGAGCUGCUCCGGUAUCCUGGCAUUCAGCUUUUUGUAGACGGCACAUUUUGUUCGGUGCCUCGCUCAUUUCACCAGUGUGUGGUUGUGAUGUUGCGAGAUGCCGCUAGUCGAGUCUUUAUUCCGGUGGUCUACGUUCUGACAACGAACCGCACCAUUCCGACGUACAACCGACUGUUCCGGUUCGUGGCGGAUGCAGCCGGGCAACCGCUUCGACCAGCACAAGUUGUGGUCGACUUUGAACAAGCCCUGAUUGAUGCGGUUGGUGAGAACUUUCCGACGGCGCGCGUAAUCGGCUGCUUCUUUCACUGGAAGCAGGCGAUUCGCCGUCGGAUGAUUGCGCUGCACCUCCCAGCAGGCACGUGCUCCCAGCACCAGGUCCAAUGGAACAACAAGACGUACGCGUAG